CCAGUUGUGAUGUAGGCUGAGGGUCCAGUUCCGUCUCUUACACUCUGCAUUCGGGUCUCUCUGAGCCACAAGAUGACCACCAUGAAGAACUCUGUGUCCGAGGACCCCCUCCUGGGCAAAGGACCUGAUGAGGACGCCUCAGAGGUGUCUUUGUCAGGGAGUGAGUCGGACUCUGGGAGUGUCCUCUCAGAUGACUCAGUGCUUCCAGACUACAAGCAGGAAGGUGGUUCACAGGGCACCGCCAACACGCUGUAUGAGGCGUGUGCUCGGAACGACACCCUGGCGCUCCGGAAGGUUCUCGAGAGAGGGGUUACAAAAGAGGAGGUCAUGAAGGUGGACCACAAUGGCUGGACCGGUCUGAUGGUGGCGUGCUAUAAGGGUUUUUUGGAAAUUGUGCAAUAUCUUCACCACUGUCCCUACCUGGACAUAAAUCACCAGGACAACGAUGGCAACACAGCACUGAUGAUCGCUUCACAAGCAGGACACACCAUUACAGUGACCUACAUCCUCAACUACUACCCCGGGGCAGACACAGAGAUCCGGGACUGCCGUGGCUUCACUGCACUCAUCAAAGCUGCCAUGCAGGGCCGAGACGAUGUGGUGUCUUCCCUCGUCAUGGCCGGUGCAGACCUAAAUGCAAUAGACACCACGAAGCAGAAGUGUGCGCGGGACUGGGCACUAAAGACGGGCCGCUACGAGACGUUGAACCGCCUUCGCCGCCUCAACCUGCGGCCUAAAGCUGAGCAGUUCACUGAGAGCUACGUCCCCGAGUGGCCAGAGCUGAAGGUGCUGGUGGCCAAGGCCAUGGCCAACAAGAGCGCCAGCCAGAAGAUCACUCAGCGCAUCAAGUCCACCUUCGGCUUCAACUUUCCCCGAGACCCCCAGGAAAACGGGGUCUUGGACCACAUGGUGCGUAUCACCACCAGCGUCCACAGCCCUCUAGUGGCCACCAGCUGCAGGCCCCUCUGCCCCACCAGCCCCCCUGAGGUGGGGAAGAGGCGCCUGGCCGUGCAAGAGCUGGUGAAGAAGCAUUCAGAGAAGGAGCUGGAGGAGGGCUCUGUGUGCCACAGCAACGGCUCCGUAUCCUCCAUCAUUCCCCACAUCCACUCGGCCGAGACCAUCGCCACGUCCUGCUGUGUGGACACGGAGCGCAGGGGCAGCAUAAUCUCUAUAGCCUCCACUGGGGUGCGCACCUUCAUCCCCAGGCACAUGGCCCACAGGAACAGUGUGUUCCCCUCCGGCUGCAUCCCAAAGAUCCAGAUAGUCAAGUCUGGAGAGCCCACGCCUAAGAAGGAGAAGAAGAGGAAGAGGCACAAGGGUCAUCUGGAGCCACCCAUAUGGAAGUACAAGGCGGAGAAGCAGGAGAAGAAGAAGGCAGAGAAAGAAAAAGAGAAGACCAAGAAGGAAAAGAAAGAGAAGAAAGUGAAGAAGUGAGGUGUCUAACGCUGCCAAUUUAUUUAAAUUCCACGCACUUCCAAUAUCUUUUUCCUGGAGUUAUACUUAAAACUUAUGCCCGUUCACACUGUGAGCAUGUCUUCAUCUGAAAUCAGAAUUACUGCUCAGUAUUAGAAGGGCUGAACUGUUUCCAGAUCUCUAGAUCUCGGUUAUUUGGCCAAUGCAGUAAAAGUUUUUAUUAAGGUCAUCUCAUUCAUACUGCUUUAUAAAUAUUCUGAAAACUGUUUUAGAAGCUUUCUUUGACUCUCUGUGGACAAUGCUCUAUAUGGAAGUGACGUGAGUCAAACUCUCGCUUCUGAACUGAGAUUGGGGGAUGGAUGAAACUAAUAUCCAGGGUCUGCCGAUAAUACAAUGCUGUCUUCUUGUCUUAUUGGCAUGGGUGUCAAUUAAGAAAUACAAUUUUGCUGUAUCUAACAUAAAUGUACGACUCAGGGUUUACUGAUUUACUAUCACAAGGAACUUUCAAUUGCCUUUGGUCUAAUUCAACAGUGAAAGAGACAGUCUUCCUAUACCGUCAUCCUAGAUGGCAAUUUCUCUUUACAUAUAGGCCUACUGUAUGUACAAGUUUAUUUGGGAAAAGGAUAGGCUUAGUCCUUUUCUGUAAAUUCUCAAUGGACUAAGAAUAGAUUUAUGAAGUCAGAAAUUCUAGACACAUAAACACAUGUAUACUAGGCCUACACCUCAGGGAUAACUUAAAUCAAAUCACUGUGCUAAAAUAAUCAUUUUUGCAAGAGUUUAUAGGCAUAUGCAAGUGUGAAAAUUAUUUUGUAAUGAAUAAUGAUGAUUUGCUGAAUGCUUACAGUGCAUUCGGAAAGUAUUCAGACCUCUCUACUUUUUCCACACU